AUGGCGAGCAAGAGGGUCCCCGCGCCGGAGGCGCCGUGUGCCACCACGACGGAGAACCCAAAGGCGAGCAGGAGGAUCCUUCUACUCAGUGGCUUGGCGGAGGCGGUGGAGGAUCUGCGGCCGGUGCUUGCCAUGCAUGGGUUCAUGAUGUUUGUGGCAUGGGGAUUGUUGCUUCCAGGAGGAAUCGUGGCGGCGCGAUACCUGAAGCAUGUCAAAGGGGAUCUCUGGUUCCAGGCUCAGACAUAUAUUCAGUACUUAGGCCUGGCUGUCAUGUUCAUGGGGGUUCUCUUCGCGGUCGCCGAGCUCCGGGGUUUCUCUUUCAAGUACACACAUGCUAAAAUCGGCUUGAUAGCAUUUAUUUUCACUUGUAUGCAGCCGGUAAAUGCUUAUCUUCGACCACACAGAGCAGAAAAUGGUGAAAUUCUGUCAAGAAACAGGAUCAUCUGGGAAUAUCUGCAUACCUACACCGGGAGGACUGCUCUGGUAGCCGCUGUCACGGCACUCUUCACCGGGUUGCAGCAUCUUGGGCACAUGUACGGCAGCAAGACGAUCAAAGGACUCACAUGUGGAUUGGUUGUAUGGGUUGUGAGUGGUGUAUUGGUGGUGGCUUACCUCGAGUACAUGAAGGUUAAGCGAAGAAGAGAUGGCGCGGAUGGUCUUACACACAAAUUCGUGCUUGGCAAUACUGAGGAAGACGAUUCAGUUGAUCUUCUGCAGUCCAAUAGGUUCGACAGUAAAAUGGACUCUUGUUCGCCUGGAUCGAUGGAAGUGCAGGUUAAGCCACUCAAAGGAUGAACAUAUAUACCUUUUUCCAUAUAUUUGUAGUGCAUAUCAACAUAAAGGAUUUU